CCACUCAAACACUCCGGACGCACUUGACACUCGAUUACCGAGGUUGCGAACCACCCGUGAGGGCCGUGACAGCCUACCAUUACCAUUGCCGCCAAAAUGCCCGCGGGGCACCGCCCCCCUUCCUACCUCGCCGGCGGCGUCACCGCCGCAACCUUCCUCCUCGCCGUCCUCCACACGCCGCUCACCGCUGGUGACGACGAACCUCCACCAUGGUACCUGUGCGCGCCCUAUCCUCCCAGCGGCAACUACCAGGCGAACAGCACGUACCAGGCCAACAUCGAUUUCCUCUCCACCACCCUCCCCAAGAACACCUCGUCGUCUCCGGACAUGUACACCACCGACACCGUCGGGGACGUCCCCGACAUGGUGUACGGCUCCGCCCUCUGCCGCGGCGACGCCAACGCCUCCGCCUGCGGGAGCUGCGUCGCGGCCGCCUUCCGCGACGCGCCGCGGGUGUGCCCGCUCGUCAAGGACGUCCUCAUCUUCUACGAGCUCUGCCAGCUCCGCUACUCCAACCGCAACUUCUUCCUCGACGACGACUACUUCGUCACCACCUACACCCUCCGGCGCUCUCGGCUUGUCAGCGCGCCGUCGGCGGCGGGGUUCGACGCGGCCGUCCGCCUGCUCGUCAACGCCACCGCGGACUACGCGGCGGAGAACUCGUCGAGGCGGUACGGCACGGGAGAGGAGGAGGGCCUCGACAAGAGCAACCGCCCCAAGAUGUACGCCCUGGCUCAGUGCACACCGGACAAGACGGCGGACGUCUGCCGGACCUGCCUUGCGACGAUAAUCGGACAGCUGCUGAAGGUUUUCAGUGGGAGCACGGGAGGGGGGAUGUUCGGGGUAUGGUGCAACUUCCGGUACGAAGUGUUCCCUUUCUUCUCCGGCCACCCGCUGCUGCAGCUUCCGGCGUUCGUGGAGACGCCGCCGCCUGCGCCAUCGGCGACCAGAGGAGGAGAGAAAAAGAGAACUAGGAUUGGUACAGUUCUAGCCAUUAUUAUGCCUACAAUCGCUGCAAUACUGCUCAUCGUCCUAGCAUGGUUUGCUUGUUCGAGGAGGAGACGACCAGAAGAACAGACGUUUCUGUCCUAUUCAAUUACUUCAGAUGAUAUUCAAAAUUUUGAUUCGCUUCUGCUUGAUCUACCAACACUACGUAUUGCUACAGAUGAUUUUGCUGAAACCAAAAUGAUCGGCAAAGGAGGAUUCGGUAUGGUUUACAAGGGAGUCCUACCUGAAGGUCAAGAAAUUGCUGUGAAAAGGCUUUGCCGGAGUUCUACACAAGGAAUAGAAGAGCUUAAAAGUGAGCUAGUUCUGGUUGCUAGGCUUUACCAAAAGAAUCUUGUAAGACUUAUUGGUGUUUGCUUGGAUGAGCAUGAGAAAAUACUUGUCUACGAAUAUAUGCCAAAUAGAAGCCUUGAUAUCACUCUUUUCGAUACAGACAAGAACAGGGAGCUUGAUUGGGGGAAAAGAUUCAAGAUUAUAAAUGGAAUUGCUCGAGGGUUACAAUACCUUCAUGAAGAUUCUCAAUUGAAGAUAGUUCACCGGGACCUCAAAGCAAGCAACAUCCUAUUAGACUUUGAUUACAAUCCUAAGAUUUCUGAUUUUGGCUUAGCAAAGAUAUUUGGUGGUGAUCAAUCGGAAGAUAUCACUCAUCGAAUUGCCGGAACAUAUGGAUACAUGGCACCAGAAUAUGCCAUGCGUGGCCAUUAUUCAAUCAAGUCGGAUGUAUUUAGUUUCGGAGUUUUGGUAUUAGAGAUCGUCACUGGAAGAAGAAACAAUGGUUCAUAUGAUAGUGGGCAAGAUGCUGAUCUAUUAAACCUUGUGUGGGAGCACUGGACCAGAGGAAAUGUUGUAGAGCUGAUUGAUCCAUCCUUAGGCAACCAUCCUCCGAUCGACCAGAUUCUGAAGUGCAUCCACAUCGGUCUGCUGUGUGUCCAGAAAAAACCUGCAAAAAGGCCGGCGAUUUCGUCAGUAAACAUCAUGCUUAGCAGUAACACUGUGCGUCUCCCUUCUCUGUCCAGGCCAGCCUUCUGCAUUCAAGAGGCUAGUGCCACUGACAGUUCAAAUGGGUAUUUGGAACGCUACGCAAGGACAAGACAUUCCGGGUACGCUGAUAAUUCAACAGCGGUGUCUUCAAAUGAUGUGUCAAUCACAGAACUUUGGCCGAGAUGAAUCCUGAAGUCCUAGUUCAGUAGUCGAACCAGUUGUGUAUAGUAACUACACUUAUGGAUAUUAGAUUGAUGCAUGGGGAGGGCCUAUUGCAUAACAUCAGUAUAUUUGUGAAUUGUGCAUUGAGUCUGUAAUUAAAAUUACUAAAAUGGUAUGCUUACAAAUUAAAACUAGCCAGAAUGGAUAGUAAAAGUCAAGGGUGACAUAUGGUAUCAUGUAUGGCAUGAUGAAUUGACACGGUUGUCAAUUAUGCUGUUAAACAUAAGAAAGUGAUGUGGAAAGCUCUGCCUUUUUCUACUGAACAAUUCAAUAUAUGUAAAAGGUUGUUUAAUUUCAAGAUAUGUAACAACUGAUAAAGCUGUG